AUCGGCCACGUCGCUCGACGACAUGUCUGGCCGCUCUCGCGCAGAUUCCCCGCAGCGUCCUCCGCGACACGUCCCACAAAGAUCCGCUGCGCCUGCUUCCCCGUACGUCGUCAACUCUCCCACAACGGCCCCAGGUGACGUCACACCUCUGGCGCCUGCCCAUGGCGACGGGGUUUGUUGUGUGUGCCUGGAAGACCUCCAUUCAUCCGGUGAGCCUGAGCCCGCCGGUGUGCCUGUUCCUUUCCCGACAUGUGCUGCCCACCACAUGCACCUCGGUUGCCUAGCGCAAUUUCGUUCUCAGGCCGCUGGCGCAUCAGAGCUGUUGUGUCCCCUCUGCCGACACAGCCGGUCUACUGCAUGCAACCAAGAGGGCUGGACCAGCAGACAUGACGAGGCACUGCGUGAGUUAUGUGCGCGGCAUGGCGUUCGGAUCCCUGCCCGUAUAUCCGGCGAAAGCACAGUCCGAGUUGCCGUGACGGAUUAUGCACUCCGCACUUUUACGGCCCAGGACGCGCCGGAACCACGACCGCCACCUGGGGUCACUCUCCUGUGCUGCCACCACGUUGCGGCCUUAGGCCGAGCUGGCGGGGUCGACUUCGUGCGGUUACCGGGCCGUGAAAUGCGCUGGGCCCCGGUCGCGAUCCGCCACGAAGCAGGAAUUGCAGCGUGGCAACCAUCUUGGGUUUGCAUGGCUUGUGCGGAAGCGGUAAGCAUUGACGACCUCCCGAUCCCUGCAGAAGCUGGGAGCCAUUGCCCUGGCUGUGGCGAUGUCCUUGCCUGGGAGUUUGACCGUGCAACGGCAUCUGGGCACCUUGCAUGCCCGCGCGGCUGUUCCCUUUGCCUCUGCACCACGGUACAGGCGUGGGAGCGCAACAAACACACAUCCGCCGACCCUCGCGAUGGGGAGUCGCGCGGCGAGUGGUAUGGCUGCGGGCCGCCCGCGCAAGUCCGCAGCCCGACAAACUCUUGGCUGUACGUGCCAUUGCUGCAUGCCGCGCUCGGCGCACUCACUGAUGGAGCACUCGCCCAGUGGCGUGCCGACCCGCGAGCCGCCCCAUGGUGGGAAGAGGCCCGUCGUGCCCUUGCUGCCUCGGCCCCUGUCCCGGUGGCCGCCCUAACGGAGGCGCUCAUCGCAGCAGCCGUCCACAAUCAUGAAGCGCUGCCUCAAACAGCACUAGCGGAGGCCGCCACUCUCCCACCCAGCACCUUGAUCCACCUUGGAUGGGUCGUGCGUCAUUUGGUUGGGGAAGACGGCUACAUCACUGCUGCGGGUCAGGCGGUGUGCUUGGAAACGUUUGGCGGCGCCGGAUUUGCAACAGCGCUUGACCGUCGAUCGGACAUUUUCCGACACGCGCGCCGACUAACCGAGGCGGCAUCCAACGAGCCUCACGCCCAGACUGGACCGGCCCCCCAACAUGCCGAAGAUGGCACCGUCGCUGACCUUCCCAGCGGUGAGGCAGCGGUUGGUGUGGUGGCGCCUACUCACGGCAGCCUGCCCCCUGACCGCGCCGACGUUUGCUACGCCCAGGUAGCCGAUGCACCCCCGGCCAUCCCAGCUGACGGUGACUCGGCCCAUGAUGUCCAUGCUGUUGAUGCUGGCCUAGCACUUGCUGCCAAGCGCGCCGCAAGCUCCCGUCGGCAAACCCGCCGUGGAGGCCGGGGUCGCGGGCGAGGCCGCGCCAGUCGGGAGGCGCAACCGACAGAAGACUGCCCGGCCCCGGAAGACGCAAGGCCGCUGGCCGCCCAAGUCGAUGGAAGGUCGCAAUCCACCCAGGCUGAGCGACGCCUCAUCGCUGCUGAAGCUGGCUUUCGCCGUGGCCUUCGGCAGCUGGACGACAUCAGCCUGCAUGAUGAGAUUCGCCAGCGCGUGCUCACGCUUCAAGCCGCACCGCACAAGGUGCGAGGCACUCUUCGCACUGCCCUCCGCACCGGCCUCCGCGAGGCGCUGGGAACUGCAGGGCCUGCCGAGGUGGCUCGGGGCUGGAAGCUGUUCUUCCUUGCCUCCCGCAUGCUGCUCCGUCGCGAUGCUGGCCAGUCCUUCAUCGACGCCAGGGAGCUUGAGCGGCGUUGCGAGCUUUUCCGCCGAGGGGAAUGGCUAGCGCUCUUGCACCAAGCGCCCCGAGCUCACCCUGAGCCUCGUGGCAACACUGCUGAAGCCAGCGAGUCAGCCCGUGCGGCACGAGCCGUCCGGCUGGUACAGCUGGGAGAGCUCUCGGCCGCCGCGCGAGCGCUCACAGCAGCGCCGCUGGCGCCAGGCACCGCCGAGACCUUGGCAGAGCUCCGCGACCCUGAGCGGCGACCGCCAGAGUUGCAGGUGCCCCUCUCAGAUGCCGUGCUUACACACCGUCCUGCCGUUGCAUGCACUCUUCCCGCUGACGGGUUGCUGGCCUGCCUACGAGGCGCGCGGCGCGGCUCCGCUGCAGGGCCGUCCGGAACUACUAACGAGCACUUGCGGCUCCUCCUUGACGACCCUGACGACGGUACGUUGCUCCACCGCGCAGCCGAACGGCUAGCAAAUGCGGAUGUACCGGAACCCGUCCUUGCGGCCAUCCGCGUCGGACGUGCGGUUGCAUUGCAAAAGCCCAAUGGCCGCGUGCGGGCGCUGGUUGUCGGGGACGUUUUCAGGCGCCUCGUGGCCCGAACGUUGGCGCAGCACUUUGCAGCCGCGUUCCAAAAGGCCUGCCUCCCGCACCAGUGCGGCUUGAGCACCAGGGCAGGCACCGAGGGGUUGUACAAGCUCCUCCACACCGCCACAACGCUUGACCCGCGUGCAACUGUGUUGUCCGUUGAUGCGGUUGGGGCCUUCGAUCAUGUCUCCCGCCAAGCCAUGCUCGAAGGUUUGCAGACGCGGCCAGCGCUCGAGCCCCUGCUGCCUUUUGCCAGGCAGUUCUACGGCAGCCGUAGCCUCUACACGUGGCUCGAUGCUGACGGCUGCGAGCACGACAUCGCCCAAGGCGAGGGCGGAGAGCAGGGAGACCCCCUCAUGCCGGCCUUGUACUCCCUCGCGGUUCACCCCGCCCUAGAAGCCUCUGCAGCCCAUCUGCGGGAUGGCGAAGCCGUUUUCGCCUUUUUGGACGACACCUACAUCGUCGCGCCCCCCGAGCGCGUUGCGGCAGUGCACGCCACCCUGCAAGAGGCCUUGUGGUCCGACAAGGACGGGAGCCGUCGGAGCAGUGCGUGCGUCUUGCGAGUCACGCUUGCGGCGCAGCUCAUGCUGGACGAAGGCCUCGCUUCCAAGCGGGGCACCGAGGACUAG